AGGCAUCCAGUGAAUAGUCCUGAUUUCAUUUGUAAUAUUUAGUUAAUUUUCAAAGUAACUUGCCAUGCAAUCUGCAUUACUGCUACUAAAAUCAAUAUACUUGUUCAUCAAAAAGAAGAGGAUAUGUCCUUAACCGGUCCACCGGCGUCGGCCGCGGCGGCAAGAGGCUCUAAUAAUUCAGGUGAGGUAGAGCGCCUUGCCGCCCUAAUCGACCGGUCCAAAUCCAUUCACCACCUUCUCCAAAUCCACGCCGCUCUCCUUCGCCGCGGCCUGGACCCCCACCCCAUCUUGAACUUCAAGCUCCAACGGUCCUACUCCUCCGUUGGCCACCUCCACCACUCCGUGACCCUCUUCAACCGCACCCCAACCCCAAACGUGUUCUUAUGGACUUCCAUCAUCCACGCUCACUCCCACUCCGACCAAGCCCUCUCCUUCUACGCCCGAAUGCUGGCUCAGCCGGUCGAGCCCAACGCCUUCACCUUCUCCUCCGUCCUCCACGGCUGCAACCUCCAAGCCGCCAGGGCCAUUCACUGCCACGUAAUCAAGUUCGCCGUCGCUUCGGCCCCCUACGUUUCCACGGGCUUGGUUGGCGCUUACGCGAGAGGGGGUGAUGUGUUUUCUGCGGAGAAGGUGUUUGAUGAAAUGUCUGAGAGAAGCUUGGUUUCUGUGACGGCGAUGCUCACGUGCUACGCGAAGCACGGGAGGCUCCGUGAGGCUCGGUUGUUGUUCGAAGGAAUGGAAGCGGACAGCAGGGAUGUGGUUUGUUGGAAUGUGAUGAUUGAUGGGUAUGCUCAGAAUGGAAUGCCAAAUGAAUGUUUGUUGCUUUUCAGGAAAAUGCUGGCUGAGAAGGUUAGACCUGAUGAAAUAACGUUGUUGGCUGUUCUUUCUUCUUGUGGCCAACUCGGUGCUCUAGAGUCUGGUAGGUGGAUCCACUCGUACGUUGGGAAUCACAAGAACGGUGUUGAGGUUCGGGUGGGCACUGCUUUGGUGGAUAUGUACUGCAAAUGUGGGAGCUUGGAUGAUGCACGCAAGGUUUUCGAUAAUAUUGUUGACAGGGAUGUGGUGGCUUGGAACUCGAUGAUCAUGGGGUACGCGAUUCAUGGUUAUAGUGAAGAGGCUUUGAGGUUGUUUGAUGAGAUGUGUGGCAUGGGAGUGAAACCUAGUGAUGUUACCUUUGUCGCCGUUUUGACAGCUUGUGGUCAUUCUGGUUUAGUCAGCAAAGGGUGGGAGAUUUUCAAUUUGAUGAAGAAUGGGUAUGGGAUGGAACCCAAGAUUGAGCAUUUUGGGUGUAUGGUGAAUCUUCUCGGCCGGGCUGGGCGGUUGGAAGAAGGUUAUGACCUUGUGAGGGGAAUGAAAACUGAUCCUGAUUCUGUCCUGUGGGGAACUUUACUUUGGGCUUGUAGACUCCAUAAAAAUGUUUCUUUAGGAGAGGAAAUUGCAGAGUUUAUUCUGAGCCAUAAUUUAGCUAGUUCAGGGACUUAUGUUCUUCUUUCUAACAUAUAUGCUGCUUCCGGUAACUGGGUCGGUGCGGCUAAGGUUAGAUCAUUGAUGAAGGGAAGUGGAGUAGAAAAGGAACCUGGUUGUAGCAUAAUUGAAGUUAACAACAGGAUACACGAGUUUAUUGCUGGCGAUUUAAGGCACCCAAAGAGCCAAGAUAUCUAUUUGAUGCUGGAGGAGAUGAAUUGUAGGCUCAAGGCCAACGGUUAUACCCCAAAGACUGAUUUGGUUUUACAUGACAUAGGGGAGGAACAAAAAGAACUUUCCUUGGAAGUUCACAGUGAGAAGCUUGCCUUGGCAUUUGGCCUUAUCAGUACCCGUCCAGGAACUACAAUCAAGAUUGUAAAGAACCUUCGCGUCUGUUUGGAUUGUCACAGUGUGAUGAAGAUGAUGUCUAAGAUCACUGGGCGGAAAAUUAUAACGAGGGACCGGAACCGGUUCCACCACUUUGAGAACGGUUCAUGUUCAUGUGGGGAUUACUGGUAAACUUAAUGGAUUGUACAUAAAUUUUUGAAGGAUUUGCACAGUGCAUAAGUGGGUGCCUAUCCUGCAAAACAUCUGAUUGCUGAAAUCAUGUGAAGUUGUGCAUUGCCUGCACAAAAUUUACCAACUUCUUAGUGGUAAAUUUACUCAGGAUUGCUUGUCGUGAAAGUUAGCCUAUAUAGAGAGAUUAGCAUAUAAAGUUAGCCUGUCAAAGUAAGUUUCCAUCUCAAACUUCUCUUCUCUAGUUGUUUCUCAUCAGUUGCAUGCAUUGUCUCCUCCAGACUCAUCUCCUCAAAUCCCACCCCUUCUACUUUGUUCAGUGAGUAAACUCUUCUCCCAAUGUCUCCUCUGUUCAGUGUUUAAAAUCCAAAUAUAUGCUUUGCUUC